AUUCUUAAUUCAUGAGUUGUAGGGAGGGAUUUAUGUUACCACAAAUAGAGACUAAAGCAAAUGUUGGAUUCAAAGCUGGUGUUAAAGAGUACAAAUUGACUUAUUAUACUACUGAGUACCAAACCAAGGAUACUGAUAUAUUGGCAGCAUUCCGAGUAACUCCUCAACCUGGAGUUCCACCUGAAGAAGCAGGGGCCGCGGUAGCUGCCGAAUCUUCUACUGGUGCAUGGACAACUGUAUGGACCGAUGGACUUACCAGCCUUGAUCGUUACAAAGGGCGAUGCUACCGCAUCGAGCGUGUUGUUGGAGAAAAAGAUCAAUAUAUUGCUUAUGUAGCUUACCCUUUAGACCUUUUUGAAGAAGGUUCUGUUACCAACAUGUUUACUUCCAUUGUAGGUAACAUAUUUGGGUUCAAAGCCCUGCGCGCUCUACGUCUGGAAGAUCUGCGAAUCCCUCCUGCUUAUGUUAAAACUUUCCAAGGUCCGCCUCAUGGGAUCCAAGUUGAAAGAGAUAAAUUGAACAAGUAUGGUCGUCCCCUGUUGGGAUGUACUAUUAAACCUAAAUUGGGGUUAUCUGCUAAAAACUACGGUAGAGCUGUUUAUGAAUGUCUUCGCGGUGGACUUGAUUUUACCAAAGAUGAUGAGAACGUGAACUCACAACCAUUUAUGCGUUGGAGAGAUCGUUUCUUAUUUUGUGCCGAAGCAAUUUAUAAAGCACAGGCUGAAACAGGUGAAAUCAAAGGGCAUUACUUGAAUGCUACUGCAGGUACAUGCGAAGAAAUGAUCAAAAGAGCUGUAUUUGCUAGAGAAUUGGGCGUUCCGAUCGUAAUGCAUGACUACUUAACGGGGGGAUUCACCGCAAAUACUAGCUUGGCUCAUUANAAUCAUGUAUGCGCUAUAAGCUACUUUAAGCGAAUUCUAGUAGUGUAUGGUCGUCUCCUGUUGGGAUGUACUAUUAAACCUAAAUUGGGGUUAUCUGCUAAAAACUACGGUAGAGCUGUUUAUGAAUGUCUUCGCGGUGGACUUGAUUUUACCAAAGAUGAUGAGAACGUGAACUCACAACCAUUUAUGCGUUGGAGAGAUCGUUUCUUAUUUUGUGCCGAAGCAAUUUAUAAAGCACAGGCUGAAACAGGUGAAAUCAAAGGGCAUUACUUGAAUGCUACAUGA